AUGACCGACAUAAAAUCGAAACUUGAAUCUCUACACAAUCUGCUGGUCAAGAACGCUGACUACAUACCUUUACAACGAUGGGGUUUCGAUCAGAAUGCCUUGGACAUAGUAAAAUCACAUAAACAUUCGAUUGUCAACGAGAAAUUGACAUUCAGUAAGUAAUCGUAUUUUAAAAACUUGGUUUCACAUGUUAUACCUUGUUACUACUGUAAUUUUAGAACAAAAGCAGCAACUGAGUAAGAAACAGAAACAGCAAAUGGCCAGAGGAGUUGGAGCUGUCCCUCAGAAGGUUUCAGAAGUCUGCAAACUUCUGAGCAACAUUUCUGUAGCUCCAAAGAAGCUAAACGCUAAGAACAACAACAAGACUCCAGAAGUAAACGAGGAAAAUAAAACAGAAUCACAACUAGAUCCGUAAGUUUAAAAAAGUUUUACUUUAAUAUUAAUGUUGUCUUUUUUGGCACCUAAAUUUCUUUAAAAUUGAGUUAAUAUACAAAAUUACAGUGCCAUCGCAGCAAUCUUGCGGAAAAAAGGUGUCAAGCGUCGUAAUAUUACCUCGAUAUCAACAGCGAGUGAAGUACCGGCAAAGAAGAACGGCAAGGAGAACAAAGUGGUGCCAAAGAAGGAGAAGAAAGUUUUGACAGAUAAGGAACGACAAGAACUGAAGGAGAAAAGGUAAGUUUACAAUGUUGGUUUAAGUAGCAGUUUUCUUUACUGCAAUUAAUGUCAAGUUACGGCAUAUGAAAUUCAAAACCACUUAGUUUGUGUAAUUUGUAGAAAACAAAGCCGUGCCAUCAAAAAGAAUACCCAGAAGCCAGAGAAGACGCUAGCUAAACAAGAGAAAGUUGAAAAUGGCGUGAAGACAGAAGAAUCCAAGGAAAAUGUGAGAAAACAAUCUGGAGAUGAAAUCAGUUUUAACAAACUCGACUUUGUGAUCAAGGACGAGAAGAAGCUGACCAAGAAGGAGAAGAUGAACAAACUGUCUGGUCGAGAUUACAAAGGACUACAAGCCAAACUAGAAAAGAGAAAGGAGUUUGUCAAGAAGUUGAAGCAGAAAGAUCCCAAAAAGGCAGAGGCAUUCGAGAAAGACGUCAAGUGGGAUACUGUAAUUGGCAGGGCUGAAGGCAAGAAAGUCAAGGAUGAUCCUCAAAUGUUGAUGAGAGCUCAGAAGAGAAAGGAGAAGUUGAAGGAAAAGAGAAAGGGAAAGUGGGACGAACGGGUGAAGAAGGUUCAGGAAGAUCAACAGAAGCGACAGGACAAGAGGAACACCAACAUCGCCAAGAGAAGGGAUACCAAGGUCCAGAAGAAGCUGGAGCGGGCUAGAAAAAAGGGUCGACUGGUUUAG